CAGGCGAGGGAGCUCACUGGAAGAAAGUCGGACUCUGCCAGGCUCUGCUGAGUGGGCCACAUUUUGGUGUUCGGGACACACAUGCUCUCUUGAGAGUCCCUAUGCUGAGGCUGUACUUUCUUAUCAGUUUGUUGUGCUUGGUGAAAUCAGACACGGAUGAAACAUGUCCGUCUUUCACCAAACUGAGCUUCCACAGUGCGGUGAUUGGCACAGAACUAAACGUGAGGCUGAUGCUCUACACACAGAGAAACCAGCCCUGUGCACAGCUCAUCAACUCCACGGCUCUGGGGAGCCUAAACGUGACCAAGAAAACCACCUUCAUCAUCCAUGGCUUCCGGCCAACAGGCUCCCCUCCUGUUUGGAUGAAGGAGUUGGUCUUGAGUUUGCUCCAUGUAGAAGAGAUGAACGUGGUGGUUGUUGACUGGAACCGAGGAGCAACAACCGUGAUAUACACCCACGCCUCUGACAAGACUAGAAGAGUGGCUCUUAUUUUGAAGGAAUUUAUCGACCAAAUGCUGGCCAACGGAGCAUCUCUGGACAACAUUUAUAUGAUUGGAGUGAGUCUAGGAGCGCACAUAUCUGGAUUUGUGGGGAAAAUGUACGCUGGGAAGCUGGGAAGAAUCACAGGUCUUGACCCUGCAGGCCCUUUGUACAACGGGAAACCCCCUGAGGACAGAUUAGAUCCCAGCGACGCACAGUUUGUGGACGUCAUCCACUCCGACACUGACGCGCUGGGUUACAAGGAACCACUAGGAAACAUAGACUUCUACCCCAAUGGAGGACUGGAUCAACCGGGUUGCCCAAAGACAAUAUUUGGAGGCAUGAAGUACUUCAAGUGUGACCAUCAGAUGUCCGUGUUCCUGUACAUCGCAUCCCUGCAAAAUAACUGUUCCAUCAACGCCUACCCCUGCGACUCCUAUCGGGAUUACAGGAACGGCAAGUGUGUCAACUGUGGCAUUGGGCAAAUGGUGUCCUGUCCCCUCCUGGGCUACCAUGCUGACAGUUGGAAAGACCACUUGCUGGACAAAGACCCUCCGAUGAUGAAGGCAUUUUUCGACACGGCUGAGGAAAAACCGUUCUGCAUGUAUCAUUAUUUCGUGGACAUUAUAUCUUGGAACAAGAACAUAAGAAGAGGGUUCAUUACAAUCAAACUGAGAGGCGAAGACGGAAAUACCACAGAAUCCAAGAUUGAUCAUGAACCAUCGACCUUUCAAAAGUACCAUCAAGUGAGUCUGCUUGCAAGAUUUAAUCAAGAUCUGGAGAAAGUGGCAGAAAUGUCCUUGCUGUUCUCCACAGGGUCUGUAGUAGGUCCAAAGUACAAGCUCAGGGUCCUGCGAGUGAAGCUGAGGUCGCUGGCGCAUCCAGACAGGCCUCACUUGUGUAGGUAUGAUCUUGUCCUUCUGGAAAAUGUUGAGACGUUCUUCCAACCUAUUCUGUGCUCCAAGUAGCAGGAGUAACUCCUGCAGGACACGUGGGCAGCGGUGACGUCAUGAUCUCUACUGCUAAGGCUCUUGCUGCCUCCUCACCCUACUUCGUCCUGAAGACUCCAAAAGCACAGGGGAAAAAAAAAACCCAAGGUUAUUUUCGGCAGUGUCCCAUGGAUGUCAUAUCACAAAAUGUCAAACAAACUGCGAUUAUGAAACAGCACUGGGAAGGAGCCCCUAACUAGGGCAAGACAGAAAUAGCUGGGCUCCCGACAGCAGAGCGCUCUGUUGGGCCCCGGCCUGGGGCCUCGCUUGUUCUGGACUGUCAGUUCUGCUGCCUGUGCUAUCACACCCUCAGGGCCAUGGGCCAGGCUUCUUGGGAGUGUAGCGGAGGCCGGAGGCCUCACUGGAUUUCCGUGUUCCAUCAUCCGGCGUGAAGAGAAUGAACCGGACUACCUCAUGGGAACUGUGGACUGGGAAGGCCAGUCUGGGAAGGGUUUGGGAAAUCCCUUGAGUCCAUAAUGUGAAUAUGCUUUCAUUUUGAUACAGUUUAGUCAUAUCUCACGUAUAGAUAGAUACGCAACCUCUCCUUUCCAACCUCUGCUUUGCUCCCGGACUGUUGGCUUUAGGAUGGCAAGAAGGCUCUGGCUUCCAGCCUUUUCUGAUGGCCAGAGGCAGUGGGUUGGCCUUAGAGCCAUCCCACAGUCUGUACUGAGACCAGGCACUAAGUGGAAGGGAGAAGGAGAAGAAACAGGAGCCACAUCACGCAUGGACCAGGCAAAGCAAGAGGCUGAAGAGAAAUAAAUGAACUUGAUUUCACCGAGGUUGCAGAAGUGGCUGUUACAGGAUAGUUUUUCUGCCCUGGGAUUGAACACCCUAGGUGCAGUGAGCCCUGUUCUCAGCCCCAGAUAACAUUAUUUAAAGCAAUCCUUUGGAAUGUUUUAUUUCCUGUCUGCUGGUUAAUCUAUAACUAUGCCAGGAAAUUCUUUAAGAUACAGAGAUGCAAAAUAAAAAUAGGCUGUGCAUGA